GGGAGGGCGGCGUCCACGAGAGCGACAAAAUUCUCAUGGAGAAGAUCCCCAUGAACCUGUUCAUCAUGUACAUGGCCGGCAACACCAUCUCCAUCUUCCCCGCCAUGAUGGUCUGCAUGAUGGGCUGGCGCCCGCUGCAGGCCCUCAUGUCCCUCUCCGCCACACUGAAGGCACUGGAGAGCUCGAGCCGGCGGGCACUGCAGGGACUGGUGUUCCUGGUGGGCAAUGGGCUGGGGCUGGCGCUGGCCCUCUACAAGUGCCAGGCCAUGGGGCUGCUCCCCACCCGCCCCUCCGACUGGCUGGCCUUCGUCGCCCCCCCACAGCGGAUGGAGUUCACUGGGGGGGGCAUGAUCCUGUGACCCAAUGUGCCCACUCACCAAUAAAGGCAAUGGCAGGCUGGUGA